CCUCGAGGAGCCUGCGUUCGUGCGCGCACUCCUCUGCCGCACUGCGGAGCAACAAGUGGCUGGGCUGCGGGACUACACGUCCAUGCAGCUCCAGCAAAUGAUCAAGAUCUGGUGGCCCUCUGCUCGUCACACGCGAGGAAGCAGUGUCAAGGUCACGGACGACCAGGGCAUUGCGAGGACAUGGCUGAGCGAGGCGAAGCCUGCCAUUGGGCAGCACAAGCUGGCCAUCGCCGUAGCCGCCCUCGUCACCCUCCCAGAUCCCCUGCACGUCAAGCACAGCGACCUCCUUGACGAUGACGUCGUCAAGAGCAUCGAGGAGGCGAGGCAGCGCCGCAAGGAAUGGGCGCACCAAGCCGUCGUCGUCGCCCCGCCAGACCUCUUGCAGCGUUAUAAGGACAACGAGUCGGACGUGCGCACGCGCGAUCUGAACUCGUUCAUCAACGCUGCAGUCUUCCUUGCUUUGGAGAGAGAGAGCCUGUCGUCGGCGGACCAAGGCUACGACGACGCGUUCAAGCUGCUGUUUGUCAUCACCAAGAAGCAGCUGCAGGCAUCGCUCGACUGUCGUCUGUGCGGGCAAGAGAUGACGACAGACGAAACGCUGUACCACCGCGACGGCUUUUGGGGUGAAGUCUGCUGCAACGCCAGGAACGCAUCAAUUGACUGCAUUGUGCCCAGGGUCCUUGGCGGCAUCUACGAGGAGCUCAACAUUCAGCUCGUAUGCAAUGCUUGCAACCGCAGCAAGCAUCAUCACACGGCUGAACAGGGCAAGCUCAUCGUUGCCCUUCUCGGCGAGGCCUCGGCCAAGACCGAGUUGAUCAAUGGAUUCAUCAGCGUACGCCCUGAGUAUCAACGCUCCCCUGUCGCCCCUUCGUUCCGACCUCGCUCGUCAUCGAGGGAUGAAGCCGCCGACAGGUCAGCGUCAUGGAUCUAAAAUGCCAUACGAGCGUGCAGGGGGAAAACCUCGACUCUUAUUGUCGACCAUAUUCUGGAUACCUGAGUACCUAAAUUCUUAAGGUGCAUCGCUGGGGUUGAGAUGAAAUGUGAGGUAAAUGAGGGGCUCUCGGCGCAGAAAGUGUCCGACAACGAUGUAUAGUCGACCCGCAGCCUCAGAGACGUGCUCCGUCCUCCUUAAUGGCUUAAUGCAUAUCGUUCAGCCUCAAUCCUAACCAUUACUCGCGAGCGUCAGCUCCUCUGUGCUACGUAGCUUUA